UGUGAGUUCAGCCAAGCCCAAAGAGCACAGGAAAUGUGCAGCAGAAAGACAAUGACAUGGAGAUUAGGAAUCAUUUAACCCUCUUGCCCAUUGCCCCCCGCUUCAACUCCAGGCAGCACAAGCCUGCUGCUUUUCUGAAAGGAAUGUGCUUCGCUUUUCCACUCUCUCCCAGCAACAGGACAGUAAAUCAAUACAAAACGAAAGCAUUCCACCCUCUCGCCCAGGUAACAGGUGAGCCUGCAGACAACAGAAGAAAUUCUGGAAAUUCUUAUCAGACUGGAGGGGUGUCUGUAAUAUUUUAUUCAUCUCUCCCCAGCAAACCCUCCACCCUUCUACCACAUUGGGUAAAGAGGGAGAAGACAACGCUUUACCUGCUCGGUUGAUUCCUGUACAUACCCCUUAAAGCGUCAUCAUAAAUUGGGACAUACUGGGAGUGGAACUGACGUGGACUGAGACACUUUGAGCGCUGGGUGGAACCGCCGUCUGCUGACUAAGGAAGUCUCUUGAUACAGAGGCGGUGCGGGGAAAAAGGAAACGGUUUUCAAAGCAGGAGAGAUAAGCGCUUCGCCGGCACAGACCACCGUCCUGAGAGUCAGGUGAGCCGCAGCAUCCCUUCACCAGCAGCUGGGUGAUUCACUGAGCGGCGGUGACUGUUUAUGUGACACGAGCAGUGACACCAUUUCAAGUUUGGCAGUUUCGUUAUUCGCCUCGCAGUAGAACAAGCCCCGUCACGUCAGGAGAAAUUCUCUCAGCGUGUGCAGGUAUCAGCCUGGUGCUGGCUUCCUGACAGACUCACCUGUCGGCACAGGAGAAGGACGGCUAGCGCACAGACUCAGACCCAGACGCGAUGGACCUCGGAUUCUGAGCCGCCCCCCUUCCACCAAAUUUUGUUCUCGGAGGUGAUAUAGCGCGCCAUUGGCCGAGCGUCCGAAGAUGCCCUUUAAGAACUCUCUUUAUCGGAAGACCAGCCUGGCGUACUGGCCCAGGAAGCAGUCGAAGAGGCGGGAGCUCGUGUCCGUCAACAUGAUCAGCCUGCCGCUGGGCGACUUCCGCCACCUGGCCCACAUCGGGUCUCAGGCCUGCCACGACAGCUUCGGCGACCUGUCCUUCCUCAAGAGGGGCCAUGGCCUGUUCCGCCACAGCUCCCAGAGCGAGCAGAACCUCUUCCUGGCCUGCUCGCCGCCGCCCAAGCCCCCCCGCCUCAACCUGGACGAGACGGAGCCCCAGACCGCCGCCGCCGCCUCCUCCCUGGAGGGAGAGCGCCAGCCCAGCCAGAGGACAAAGAAGUGCAGCUCCAUGCCCCUGCUGGACUGUGAGGAGGAGGAGGAGGUGGAGCAGGAGGAGGGGCGGGCCCUGGAGGCGGCGAGCGACAGCGCAGAGCGGCACAGCUACUGCUCCUCCCGGGACGCGGGAUCUCUGCAGGCCUGUCCGGAACAGCCCCGGGCCCAGGACGACGACUCCUCCUUCACCCUCGACCUGGACUUAGGCCCUUCCAUGCUGGACGAUGUCCUGCAGGUGAUGGAUAAGCUCCACCAGUGAAACGGCCAGUAUUCCCAUCCAGCUAGCGCUCCCGCAAUCCAGCAGGGUCACAUUCGAAUGGUGUGACGGAAAAGACAGAGGAACAACCGCUCGCCACAACUAUGUGUGAACUUUUUGGCUCUACAGAGUAUGAACUACGACACAUUUUUGGAUGUCUGUUCUUUGGAUAUAGUGCAAGAGCAACCGGAGGAGUUAAAUUGAAUAAGCAUUCUUUCACUGCUUUGUGGCCAAACAGAGAAUGCUCCAUAGACAAUGAGAUAACAGCCACAGAGCAGUCAACUGUGGUCUACAUUCUAAGAAAAACAGAGUGAGUGUGAUUUUUGUGUCAUUCCCCUGUCAAUCUAUUUAUACCACUGGGCAGAUAGUAUCUGAACUGACUUACUGUUAUCUCUGUAAUGUUCCCACUGUUUCUGGAGGGCAUUUUUGAACAAUGGGACAUGAGACACAUCAUUUGAGGAUGGUCUUAAUGUAUUCAUGUGUGCAUACCAA